AUGGUCAAGAAGCUUGGCCUCGCAUCUCUUAUCUUCAGUAGCAGCAUCAAGCAGGUGGACAGUGCUGCUCCUACAAGCGCUGCACCUUCCGUGGCCUCGUCUUCUUCCAUGUCUGCCUCCUCCUGGCAAUGGCCGUCCUGCAAGCAGCCUAGGACCCUCUCCUUCAGGCAGCAUCAGCAGCAGCAGACGGCUUACAAGACUAUGAACUCCGCCUACUUGCCAGACUCCGGCGCCGACUCCUGCUUCUCCAACUCUUUUGCCUCCGUCGACGGCAGCCUUUCCACAGCGUCCGAGGCUGUCUCGGGGCUCGUGGAGGCCAACGAGCGUGAUACGGUCAUCCGUGCGCUGCGUUCCGACCGCCUCUUCUUUGAGCCGCACGCGUCGCUGGACACCUCCUCCAUACUCAAGAAGGCCAACAGCACAGACAAGAAGAUGGCGGCGUUCGAGGGAGCCACAGCUAUGACCAUGGACUCAUCGACCCCGUACAGCGACUUCCGGGCGUCCAUGGAAGAGAUGGUGAUGAGCCAUGGCGCGAAGGACUGGCGGUGGCUGGAGGAGAUGCUGCGGUGGUACCUCAGGGCCAACGGCAAGAGCACCCACGGCCUCAUCAUCGGCGCCUUUGUCGACCUGCUCGUCGCGCUCAGCGACACCGACUUGCCGUCCUCUCCAACCUCAGCCAGUACCAACCGCUCCUCCUUGAGCGGCACUGAUGAGAUCAAGGAAGAAGAAAGCUGCACACAGAGCAGUUAA